UAGCCAACAUGGAGGACAGACUUCAAAAAGGACAGACAACUGUCUUUAAUGACGUUGUCGUAGAGCGAACCAGGAGAUGCCAUCAAAAUGACAUUGAAAAUGUUGUUCCGUUUGUUCUGGUCGGCGUGUUAUAUGUGCUGACUGGUCCCGAUCCUUGCUGGGCUGCCUUCCACUUCCGGUUGUUUACUGUCUCCCGGAUGUGUCACACAAUAACCUACUUGUUCGCAAUUCCCCAGCCUGCGCGUGCGUCCAUGUUCGCUACCGGCUGGCUCACCGUUGUAUCCAUGGCCGUAUCUGUUCUGAUGCGCGGGAAAUUCUGAACUCGAGGAAAAGGAACUGGGAAUUUGAAUACUUGGGAUAUAUAAAGACAUCGAACUUCUUGUUAAUUCAUUAAAAACAGAGGAUGAAGUGUUUUUCCUUUCGCAAAAUAUAUGUCGCCAGGGAAAUCGGAAUUUGAUUUGCUUCUCGAAAAACUCCCACAUGCCGCUAACCUGUUAGUGAGCGUUUAAUUUCAAUCUUAGAUAAAGUAGAAA